AUGAGACCUAUUGAGCCGCUCAAUCCGGUCCUCCACGAUGUUGAGAUUGUUUGGAAAGGGCAGUGGAAGCCUUUCCAUUUCUGGAAUGUCACCAACGUUCAUGUCCAAGACUUCUACGUCAACCAGCCUGCCCUCUGGUCUGUCAAUAUCAUGAACGGCACCAAUAUGUAUUUCAAGGACAUCCGCACAAGCGCUGUUUCGAGUCAGGCCCCGUCGGGAGCAAACUGGGCUCAGAACACUGAUGGAUUCAAUACCAUGGAUGCGCACAACGUCACCCUCGACGGCUUCCAUUACACAGGCGGGGAUGACUGUAUUGCGAUCAAACCGCGGUCUUAUGAUAUAUUCGUCAACAACGUAACAUGCAAUGGUGGCAAUGGCAUAGCAAUCGGCAGCCUUGGCCAAUACCAGGAGGAUAGCAGCGUCGAGAAUGUCAUCGUGCAAAAUGCAAAGGUUCCCGGCACGGCUCUGGGUGUAUACAUCAAGGUUUGGACGGGCGUGCCCGUGUGGCAGUCCAGUUAUGAGAGCUGCUGUGAGCCUCGUGGCGGUGGUUGGGGCAAUGUUCGCAACCUAACAUUUGCCAACAUCGACCUCACCGGGGCUAAAAAGGCGACGUGGGUGGGUCAAGGCAGUGGGGGCAAUAGCAGCACCAGGGGCACAAGCAUGAUGCAGCUCUCGGAGAUAUACUUCACUAAUCUCUUUGGUGUUCUGGAUGCUGAGGACAACAAGGGUGAGGUUAGUUGUAGCAAUGUUUAUCCUUGUUACGACAUAUACUUCAACAAUGCGACUGUGGUGGGAUCUACUGGGGCAACCUUGCGUGGCGCAUGCGCUCUCGCAGCUCCAGGAGGAAUCCAUGGAUUAAAAGGCUGCUAG